UAUAUUAGAUUUGUUGGUGUGCGUGCGUGCGUGCGUGUGUGUAUACAUACAUGGCACAUGUAAAUUUUCAGUUUUAUUAGGUGUAAUUUAUUGGUAUUUUUAAACUUCCAUUACAAAGUGUUCUUUUUUCUUUAAUAUUAGGUUAUGUUAACUGCAUUGAAAAUUGUAUUAUACAGGAAAUUAUUAUAGAAAUUUCUAAUAGUAUGAAGUGAAGCUGUAAGCAUGCCUCAAAGAAAAAAUUAUGAAGAAAGUCAAACAAAUUAAUCCGCAAUUAGUCUUAACAUUUUCAAUAAAUUGAAUAUAAUAAAUAUUAACAAUAGAAAUUUUUCUUCUUUACACUAAAAUAAAAAGAUUAAUUUUACAUACAUACACACAUGCGCACGCGCGUACACACACACACGCGCCACACAUCACAUACAAUUACCAUGGUUGAAGAGUAAAUACAAAAAAGACGUGGAUCAACAAUGGGCACGUUAAUGACUAUAAAAGAGACUAUACGAUACCCUCUUAAGCCUGAAAUAGAGGCGAAGAGUCCUGCAGCGUAGACAUGGACUCGUACGAUCUGUUUGGUGAAGAUGUUAGUGGCUCGAUGCUUGAUGCUCUUCCUGACCUCGGGGGGAACGACCAUUUUGACCCUGCAGGCACGACUAAUUCUGUGGUAGUAUCUAGAGAUGGUUCAAACUCUGGUGUUAAUGGAGGAGGGAGUUACAUUAGUCAAUCUUAUAUAUCUCAAGAAUCUCCGCUUCAAAAAUUAACUUCAUUCGGCGGAUCUGAAUUUGGAACUUCUAAUCAAUUGCAAAAUACAUCACAACGCAACAUGUUUAAUCAAAAUCUUGGAACAUUUGAUAGUGGUGCGCCACAGCGUGCUAUGGUGCCAGGGGCAUUUCAAAAUCAGGCACGAAAUAUGGCACCCCAACAUAGAGGGCCUCAUCCUGGGAGUGGAGGACAAUAUCCUAAUUAUAAUGAUAAUAUGUAUUCAAUGGAGCAGCAGCAUUCAAUGACUAGAGCAAAUAUGUCUAUAGAUCCAAGUAUGCAAGGCUGGCCAGGUAGUGGAGGUGCUUAUCCGCAAAUGCAAAGACAUUAUAAUCAGAUGGCACCACAACCUGGAGCUUAUAGACAACAUAUGCCUCCGCAAUAUUCUCAUCAACAAGACCAAAGUGGAGUUAUGAAUCAAAAAUUACAGCAACAGCAGCAACAACAACAUUUUGGUAAUCAACAAGGUUUGAUAGGAAGUAUGGGUGUACCGCAUCAAGCGAUGCAAGCUGGUGGAACAGGAAGUGUUUACCAACACAUGGUUGGUCAACAACAGCAUUACCAACAAGGAAAUUCUGUAUCAAUGUAUCAAACGUCUCCUGGAUAUCCAGGCUUUGCAAUCCAUCAACAACAACAGCAACAACAACAACAGCAGCAACAGCAGCAGCAGCAGCAGCAGCAAACUCAACAACCUCCACAAAGGAUGCCACAUCAUCAUCCAACUCAUCCAAGUCAUCAAACUCAUCCUUCCCAUCCACAGCAGUACCCCCAGCAUACACAGCAUCCCAGUACACAACAACAACCACAGCAACAGCAACAGCAACAAUUGGAUCCUCAAUAUCCUCACCAUGCAACUUCUAUGUUUAAUCAACCACAACAUUCUGGGCCAACAACACAAUUUGGUACAGCUAAACAUGCUACGAGUCCUCAGUACCGUGCAACUUUUCCCCAAUUAUCACCUCAAAUGUCUCCUAGGCCUCAAAUGUCACCGAGACCACCGGCAGUACAACAACAAAUGUCUCCUAGACCUAUUAUGUCACCAGCUAAACCUAAUACAUUGUCUCCUCAUCCUCAUGUUCAACUUCCGCAUCAACAAUCAAAUCAGCCUGGUGCAAUGCCUGUGUCGCCUUGUCCUCCAACUUCAAUACAAAUUAAUCCAUCGUCACAACAGACUACUCUUCAAGCAUUGGAACAAAUGGUUAUACCAGGUGUUGCUGUAUCAAACUCGAAUGUUUCAAAUCCAGAGUAUAAUCAAUUUCAAACGCGUCCAACAUUGUCGCAAACCCCAAAUGUUUUAACUCAACCUACCGCACAAAAUUCUAUGCCACCUAUUACAGGCCCUAGGAUGCCAAUGCCUGCUCAGUGGUCACAUCCGCAACAACAGCAACCACAAAUAAGGCCAAGUAUAAAUGAAGAUAGGAAUAUAGUAGAAGCUCAACCUCCAGUAUCUGAACAAAACACAUCAAUUUUUCCAGUAACUGGGACAGAAACUGUUCACAGUGUUGCAGAAACUACAACAAGAGAUCCUGUAGAUCCUAUUCAUAACCCAAUUGAACCGCCUAAGCAAGAAAGUGAAGCAUUGCAUCAAAAUGUUCAAGAUCAACCUCAAGAUGUAUUAAAUCAACAAGCUGAUACUUUGAUGCAAAAUAAUUCACAGACUAAUUCACCUUUAGAACCUACUUCUGGAAAUAUUUCUCAGUUGGAAACUGUGCAGACUUUACCAGCAUCUAGUACAAAUGGAAAUGUUGAAUGUUCAAGUGUAUCAACAUUAUCUCAACAACCAACGUCAAGUCAAAUUCCUAAUCCUGUAUCUACUAUUGAAAGUCAAAAUACAUGUGAAACAAAACAGCAUAAUCAACAUUUAGAAAUAAAUUCAGUAAAUCAUCCACCAGCUAAUACUACACCUGUACUUUCUCAACAACCCGCAGUUAACAAUCAAGUGCCGCAACAACAACAGCAGCAUAAUCAGCAGCAGCAGCAGCAGCAGCAGCCUAUUACUUGUCCACAACAACAAGUACAACCAUUACAUAUAAAUCAGCCUCAAGUAGUAUCAACUCAACAAGCACCGGUACAAUCUCAACAACCAAUCCAAACUUCACAACAACCACAAUUGAAUCCAGUGCAACAACCUCAAUUGAGUCAACAAUCUUCUCCGCAACAACAAAUAAAUCAACCACAAAUCGGUCAACAACAAAUACAGCAGAUAACUACUCCUCAACAGCAACCUCCAAUGGCUCAACCUCAACAACCCACAUUAAAUCAAACGCAACAGUCACAGCCACAAAUUUCUCAACCACAAUUAGCGCAGCCAUCGCAACCUCAAUCAACACCACCGUGUGUAACACAGGUUCAGACAACUCAGCAGUCUCAACCUCUUAUUACACCACAAGUUGGUAUAAUACCUCAAAGUGCUCCAAUAAUUUCAUCUCAAAUUCCGCAUCAAACACAAUUACAACCGGCUAUACAAAACCCGACUUCCCAAUUGCAAACUCCAACUAAUACAGUUUCACCCACCCAUUUAAAUGGUCAACAAAUACCUUCGGUUAAUCAAACAAGUGGUAUUGUAAUACCCCCUCAUCAAACUGCAGUGUCAGUGCCAAAUUCGCAAUCUACGCAUCAAGUGCAACCAGGUUUUACAGAGUAUCCGAAUAUUCCAAAAAAUAAUAUGUAUCCUAAUGAUAUAAUAGUGGGUUCUGGUCAACAGUAUCCUCCUGCUGGAGAUGUUGUUAGUGGUAGUACUAUAUCUACUAUGUACAAUAUGCCACAAAAUCCCACUUCAACAGGAGUUACAUCUGGUGGGUUUGCUGCUUCUUGUACUCCAGUUACGCAUCACCAAGAAAGAGCAGCACUGCAACAGCAAUUACAGGAAUUAUACUGUAUGCCUCCAGCUACUGAAAAUCAAGAAAAGAUUGUUGCUUUGCAAGAAAAAUUACAGGCACUGCAACAACACGAAACAAAUGACCAAUGCAAUGGUGGACCUCAAUGUAUACUACAGACUCCUAUGUUUACAGCUGCUGUUGUUGAUAGUCCACAGGUUUCAAGUACUACUGGUCGUGGCCGUGGUAAAGGUACACCUAGAACUAAGAAGAGUAGGAAGAAAGCUGACAAAGAGGCUGUUGCUCCUGCACCAAUUACUCAACAACAGCCAGAGCAGCCAGUAUCAGACAAUCAAGUCACUCCUGGAGAUAGUAGCAACAUUGUUGACAGUGCUGCAGAUUCUGAAGACAUUAAACCAUCUUCGGGUGAUAUGGAAGAGGAAUGGAACAAAGGUAGAAAGUCUCGACCUCCUAGGAAACCACGUAAACCAAAGGAGCCAAAGGAGCCAAAGGAGCCAAAGGAGCCAAAAGAACCGAAAGUUAAAAAGGAGCCGAAACCUCCGAAAGAAGCGAAAUCUCCUAAAGCACCAAGGAAGAGGAAUAAAGACAAGGAUUCUACUAAACGUAAUAGAAAAAAAGUUAAUCAAUCUGAAUCAGCCGAUGAUGAAGUUAUACAAGAAACUGAGGAUACUGCAGUGUCUGAUUCAAGUGCAGUUAAAGAAGCAGACACAAAACUGUCCGAACCGUCCAUUCAAGGUGAUCAGGAACAAGUAGAUUCUUCGACUACCGAACCUUUAGUAAUCGAAACGAAAGAUGAAGGUAAACAGAAAGGGGAAUCGGAAGAUACCUCAACAGAUGAGAAGAAGGAAGAAAAUUCUGAAGCUGCCCCUGCUACAGAAACUGCUACACCUAAUAAAAAGAAAGCUGCUGCUAGGAAGAGAUCUACAACUGGGAAAGUCUCAGCGGGAAAAUCUCCCAGAAGUUCGAAAAAACGUAAAAGCCGAAUCGCACCCGAUUCUGAUGGUGAAGAAUUAGCAGCCACGCCUCCACCAUCACCAGAAGCUGGCGAUGACAAUAAAAGACGUUCCGCGAGAAAUACACAUCGUAAGAAAUAUGUUGAUGAUGUGAUGCUCAGAUUUUCGGACGAUGAUGUACCUCUACAAGACGCUCAAAUUUCUAAGAAAGUAGAAGGCUCAAAUACAGUAAAGCCUGUUUCCGUUAAAAAGGAAAAUGAAGGUGGAGAAAUCGGGCCUAAUAAACCUAACUUUGUGUAUAUAAACACUACAGAUGAAGAUUCUAUGGUUGUACAACAUAUAUUAUGUUCACGCAUGGGAAAAAGAGAAAUAAAACCACCAGCGCCAGAAAUAAAGACAGAAUCAGUAACUGUAAAAGAUGAAAAUGCUUCAAAUGUAGCAUCUGAUAUCAAGACUAAGGAAGAAGAAAGUGAUGUGAAGGAGGAAACAUCUGAAAAGGAAUCAGAAGCAGAAAACAAAGAAGAAAAGGAUGAUACUGAAGUACCCGAAGAAAAUAAAAGUAAUGAAACUGACAAUGCAGUAAAAGAUAGUAACAAGGAGGAAGACGAAGUUACUGAACCUAAACAAGAAACAGUUGUGACUGAAGUAAAACCACAAAUAGUUGAAGUUGAAGAGUAUUUCGUUAAGUAUAGAAACUUUUCAUAUUUGCAUUGUGAAUGGAGAACAGAAGAAGAAUUAUACAAGGGUGACAAACGAAUUCAAGCUAAACUGAAAAGAUUUAAGCAGAGACAACAACAAAACACUAACAUUUUUGAAAAUACUGAAGAUGAUCCGUUUAACCCAGAUUUUGUGGAAGUAGACAGAGUACUCGAUGAAGCAACACAUACUGAUCCAACGUCCGGAGAAACAUUAAAACAUUAUUUGGUUAAAUGGCGAUCUCUUCAGUAUGAAGACUCUACUUGGGAAUUAGAAGAAGAUGUUGAUCCAGAAAAGAUAGCUCAAUUUGUAAAAUUUAAUAAAGUUCCUCCGAAAGAUCAGUGGAAGCCGAAAAAGAAGCCCACCGCAUCAGCAUGGGUAAAGUUAGAAGAAUCGCCAAUUUAUAAAAGUAGCAACAGUUUACGACCGUACCAAUUGGAAGGUCUUAAUUGGUUAUUAUUCUCAUGGUACAAUGGACAUAAUUGCAUUCUUGCGGAUGAAAUGGGCUUAGGAAAAACUAUUCAGUCUUUAACAUUUGUGGACGCAGUUUAUAAAUAUGGAAUUCGUGGGCCAUUUUUAAUAAUUGCGCCCCUUUCAACCAUUCCAAAUUGGCAACGUGAAUUCGAAAGUUGGACAGAUAUGAAUGUUGUAGUAUAUCAUGGAUCUGCAGCAAGUCGAACUAUGCUUCAGGAAUAUGAAGUUUAUUAUAAAAACGAGAAAGGGCAGCAGAUUAAAGAUUUAAUUAAAUUUAAUGUACUGAUAACUACGUUUGAAAUAAUUAUAACGGAUUUUAAUGAAUUGAAAGGAUAUAACUGGAGGCUCUGUGUUAUAGACGAAGCUCAUAGGCUAAAAAAUAGAAAUUGUAAAUUACUCGAAGGUCUUAGGCAAUUGAAUUUAGAACAUAGAGUACUUUUAUCUGGCACACCUUUACAAAACAAUGUCAACGAACUUUUUUCAUUAUUGAACUUCCUUGAACCACUUCAGUUCUCUAGUAGUGAAGCAUUCCUUAAAGAAUUUGGGAAUUUGAGUAGUGAAAGUGAAGUUCAUAAAUUACAACUUCUUUUGAAGCCAAUGAUGUUACGUCGACUUAAAGAAGAUGUGGAGAAAUCGUUAGCUCCAAAGGAAGAAACAGUUGUUGAGGUGGAAUUAACAAAUAUACAAAAGAAAUAUUAUCGCGGUAUCCUAGAACGAAACUUUUCUUUCCUUGCAAAAGGAACUACAUCAGCUAACAUUCCGAAUCUCAUGAACACAAUGAUGGAACUAAGAAAAUGUUGUAUUCAUCCAUUCCUACUUAAUGGUGCAGAAGAUCAAAUACAAUUGGAUUACAAGACUGGUGAAAAAGAGGAUUCAGAGGCUUAUUAUCAUGCGCUAGUAAACAGUUCGGGAAAAAUGGUAUUAAUCGAUAAACUACUGCCGAAACUCAAAGCGAGCGGGCACAGAGUAUUAAUAUUUAGUCAGAUGGUGAAAUGCUUAGAUCUGUUGGAAGAUUAUCUGUUAUACAAAAAGUAUCCGUAUGAACGAAUUGAUGGUCGUAUUCGAGGAAAUUUGAGACAAGCUGCAAUUGAUCGGUACAGCAAACCUGAUUCUGAUAGAUUUGUUUUUCUUCUUUGUACCAAAGCUGGUGGUCUUGGUAUCAAUCUUACAGCUGCUGAUACAGUUAUUAUAUAUGAUAGCGAUUGGAAUCCACAGAAUGAUUUACAGGCUCAAGCCCGAUGUCACCGAAUUGGUCAACAAAAGAUGGUAAAAGUGUAUCGGUUGCUUUGCCGUAAUACUUACGAAAGAGAAAUGUUUGACAAAGCAUCAUUGAAGCUUGGAUUAGAUAAAGCUAUAUUACAAUCAAUGAAUACAAGUCAAGGGGGUAAAGAUCCCAGUAACAAACAGCUAACGAAAAAGGAAAUAGAGGACCUAUUAAAAAAAGGUGCUUAUGGUGCUAUUAUGGAUGACGACAAUGCUGGAGAUAAGUUCUGCGAAGAAGAUAUAGAACAAAUACUUGAACGUAGGACACAAAUUAUUACUAUAGAAGCAGAGAAAGGAUCGACAUUUUCAAAGGCCAGUUUCGCGUGUUCAUCUAAUAGAUCUGAUAUUAAUAUCGAUGAUCCAGAUUUUUGGAAAAAGUGGGCGAAAAAAGCGGAAAUUGAUACAACAGAGAAGAAAGAAGAAGAUGAAUUAGUAAUAUCAGAACCAAGACGAAGAACACAAAUUAAGCGAUAUGGUCAUGACGAAUCAGUUGUCAUGUCGGAUCUCGACAGUUCGGAUGAUAAUAGCGAUGACGAAACAAGUAGUGGGUUAACAGGUAGAGGUAAAAAACGAAGAGACAAAUUUGGUAAGAAGACACGGAAGUUCUGCGACGAAUAUGUUCCACGUGAAGGUGAAGUGGUCUACGGCAGUUGGGCGCGCAGCGAAUGUUUUAAGGUCGAACGAGGUUUACUUACGUACGGUUGGGGUCGAUGGGAAGAGAUUCUGCAGCACAGCCAAUUUCGUCGAGGAUGGCGCGAGGUUGAUGUCGAAGAUUGUGCACGAGUCAUUUUACUUUAUUGUCUUCGUUAUUAUCGAGGCGACGAGAAGAUCCGUAACUUUAUCUGGGACCUCAUUACUCCUGUCGAGAAUGGAGAAAAAGUUAAAAAUGUGUGCAUCAACACUGGUGGAAGGAACAGUAGACAGAAGAAGAAAGGUCGAGUCAGAGAAGGUAGAGAAACGCGAGGAUCGGUUGUCAAUGGUGGUCCGAGUGAUCCGAAUCACUGGAGUAACGCUGAAAAAUAUGAUGGAGAUAUAUUUCUAGAAAGUAAUUACAGGAAACAUUUGAGUCGUCAUGCAAAUAAGGUUCUACUACGAGUUCGAAUGCUUUACUAUAUUAAGCACGAGAUCAUCGGAGAUUUAGUUCAACACAUUUCUGAUGGUGUUCAUGUCAGUGCGUUGCGGAUAAACCCUCCACAGUUGAUGGAACAGCCAGUGAAAUGGUGGGACUCGCAAGCAGAUAAAUCUCUAAUAGUUGGCUGCUACAAACAUGGCUACGAGAAUUACGACCAGAUGAGGAUCGAUCCCGCUCUCUCUUUCAUUACAAGCUGUCCUCCCCCUUCCCAGUCUAAGACCACACAAAGCAACAGCAGCAGUAGGGAUGAUACUAGCCUGGAAAAUGACAUGGACGAUAGUGAAUCGCUUGGAAUACUGAAAGAUUUGAAAGAUUCUGAUAAAUUUAGUCGUGAAACGCCGACUGAUUCGCCUGCUAUAUCUAAUAAGGCGGACACGCCUGUACCAGAACCUAGCAGCAGUCAUGAGGGAAAUGAUGGUCUACUGGACGAUGAAAAGACAUGGCCAUCUGUAGUUGAUCUUAAUACACGCUUACGUCGAGUAAUUUCUUCUUAUCAACGAAGCGUAAAGAAUGUGAAAGAUGACGUGAAAAUGUUACAAAAGCCCAAAACUGGAUUAGAAGGUGAUACAACUAUAAAUCAUAAUCCACCUGUAAACGAGCCACCUUUGAAUAUGCAAGGAUGGGACUUACAACAACUUGCUAUGUAUCUUUUGAAAAUGGAAAGAAGAGAAAAAAUGGAGGCUAUGGUAAAAGAAAGAGAACGAACUCGUAUUGAAGAACAGAAGGCAAAGUGGUCCCGCCGUGAAGAAAGCGAAUUUUUACGUGUUGUAUCAACUUACGGUGUUAACUAUGAUAGAAAAAAGGCACAAUACGAUUGGACGAAAUUUAAAAGUAUUGCUAGAUUUGACAAGAAAACAGAUAAUGAUCUUACAGAUUAUUAUAUGUCUUUUAGAGCAAUGUGUAAGAAAGCAUGUAACGCAAAGUUGAACGAUGAAGAAGAUUUUUCAGACGUUCCUGUUGAUCAUCUCAGUUCAGCGAAAGCGAGGCAAAUAUUAGAUCGUGUCGAUCUUUUAAGUAAAAUUCGUGAGGAGAUUUUGUCUCAUCCUCAUUUAGAGGAACGACUUUCAUUGUGUCAACCAUCAGGUGACACACCUGACUGGUGGCAACCUGGAAAACAUGAUAAAGAAUUGCUGCUUGGAGCUGCGAAGCAUGGCUUAGGUCGUACCGAUAUAACAAUUUUAAAUGAUCCUGAUUUUUCAUUUCAUAAAAUUUUAAGUUCUAAAAUGUACAGUAACAUUCAAGCAUCUAAAAUCAUGGAUAAAUCUGAGAAAGCAAUUAAAAUUGAAAACAGGGAAGAUAUAUUAAAGUUUGAUAAAGACGAAAUACUUGUAAAAUUAGAAAAGGGUGAAGGUACUUUGAAAAUAGAAAAAGUAGGCGCGAAGAAGGAUAAAGAUGCAAGUGCAAUAGACAAAAGAUCAGAAAAUACAGAUUCGGAAAGGAGUCAGGUUGAACUCACUAUUAUUAAGGCUGAAAAUAAAGUUGAAGAGAAGCCUCUCAGUAAUGCAUUAACAAUUACAACCGUUCCAAGGAGUACGUCCAUAGACAAAGAUUCUAUUACGAAAAUAAAAUCUGAAGAGAAAAACGAAAUAGUAGUAGAAUCGAUAAAAACUGAAGUUCCUAAAGUUGACCAUGUCAUAGGGACUAGUAAAGUAGAUGAAACGAAAGCAAAUAACGAAACAACAGACGUUGAAGAAGUAGCAGCUACAAGUACUAGUACCACUACUAGUGCCACCACUACUACUACCACCACCACUACCACCACUACUACCAAUACCACUACCACUACUACAGAAACAGAGAAGGAAAAUGAGAAUAAAGAAAAAGAUGUAACAAAAGAGACGGAGAAGGAAUCGCAAGAAGAGAAAGUUGACGAAACGCAAUCUUCUGUAAUUGUGAAAGAGACAGAAGAAAAAAGUUCAACGGAACAAAAAGAUAUUCCGGAAAUAGUGGAAAAGUCGGUAACAAAUACUGAAAGUGUAACAGUAGAGGAUAACAAGACAAAUGUAAAAGCUGAUUCUCCUCCUGUUAUUAAAGAUGAGACAACUGAGACACAAGAAGGAAAAACAAUAGAAGCCACCUCCAAAGAUAAAAAAGUAUGCAAAAUCGAAGAUAAAUGCAGCGUUCAAGCAGCAGAACUUAAAGCCAUGUUUCCAGAUUUGGAAGUUAUACAACCGUUAUCGCGUUUAACACAAAUAGAUACAUUUGUUCUUCGCGAUAAACCAGUAGAUUAUAACGAACCUACGGUUGUGCAUCUUUUGUCACACAAUUGUAAUAGUGCUGUGAAAUGGCCAAAGGAACAUGCUAUCGAGGCUCGUUUAAUGCACAUUGUUCAUGCGAUUGAACAUAAAGAAUGGCCGGUAUCUGUGAACUUCAGUGCUGGUGACGAAGUAGAUAUUCCUUCAAAUGAGAAAGAAUGUUCUGAAGUAAUAACUAUAACCACAGAUCAUGGGGUACCAAAAAAUACAACGCCGGGAAAUAAUAUGCCAUUAUCGAAAAAACGCAAGAGACACAUUGCUAUCGAUGUAGAGACUGAACGAGCAAAACUACAUGCUCUUUUAAAUAGUAGUCAUACUACUGCACAACCACCCGCAGCUUUAAGUAAGCCUGUAGUAAUAUCGGGAUCUAAUACUUGGGAAAUAAAUGAUGAAUCACAGUCCGAAGAAUCGAGACGUUCUACACCAGUUCAACCACCCCCAGCACAUCAACAAGCACGAACACCAAGUAUACCUUUCGACUUAAAAUAUACGGUCCCUGGAAAACCGACUGUAAUUCCUGGAACUUCGAGUACUUUAACGCCCAUCGACUUGUCCGCUGGGUAUCCAAAAAUGAGCACUGAUAAUAGUAAAGAUAUUAUGAACGAGGUUCAAGACUUUUCAAUGCCAAAUAAAAAUAAACAAAUUAGCAGUAAUAAAGGAAAGUUAGAUAGCAUGUUAGAUAAAUUAAUGAAGAGAAAAGGCGGCCCACCAGAUGAACCUGUUAUUGGAAAAGAGAAAAAGCGCAGGAAGCUUGACGAAAUUGUGCUAGGAUUGAGUGCAGCAAAGGAACAACAGAGCACGCAUUAUCCUGAACACAGUAAAAAGAGCACAAUCACACCAAAUGUAACGGUUACUCCAACAUCUGCACCUAUGGGUCUUCCGAAUCCUCCAACGAGUACCCAGAAACCAUUUUCUAUUACUGUUACUUCAAUUCCUUCUUCACGUGCAUCAAGUUCCACGUCUGGAUUACCGCCUCCGUCUUUACAUUCGCACAAAGAUAGUUUUUCUGCUUUGAUUGCUCAAGCGGAACAGCAAAAUCGUGAAUUUAAAAAGCAACAGCAACAGCAACAGCAACAUCAGUCACAGCAGCAGCAACAGCAACAACAGCAGCAACAGCAGCAGCAACAACAGCAGCAGCAGCAGCAACAACAACAGCAGCAGCAGCAGCAACAGCAACAGUCUCAACAACAACAACAACAGAGUUUCAAUUCUGCGCAUUCAUCAUCAUCAAGUGGUCACAGAAAGAGUUAUGAAGCAAUGAUUGCAGACAUUAAUAAGGCCGCUGAAUACUCUUCCAAAAUCGGACCAUAUUCACACGAAGCGAAAGUAAAUAAAUGGUUAGCUGAACAAACUGCCAUGUCUGAACAAUUAAGCGCAGAAUAUUUAAAUGCGCCCAGACGACGACGUCCACGAGUAGAUCCAUCUUUAUUAGAUUGGAAAAAAUUAACGGGCGAAGAAAAUGUUGCUGUAAUUAAUAGAUUAACAGGCAAAAAGGUUACUGGAAGCAAGGCUCCGCAACUGAAACGAUUAGGGCAAUGGUUAAUUGAGAACCCAAUGUUCGAUGUAGAUCCAAAGUGGGCUGAACUUGUGAAGGAACGUGGAAAUCUUCCACACGAUUUGCAAAAGAGAUUAUCAGGAAAUGACAGAAGUAAUGUAAAUAAGGGUAAGAGUCCAGGAAGGCCUCCCAUGAUGCCAAGCCCUACUAGUCAACAAUCGGCAAAUCAAGCUAAUCUGGUAGCUACAUCAAUGGCUUCAGGCCUAAACUUCCCUUCGUUAAGUAAUCUGAACACCUCCCUUCUAUCUGGUCUAUCUCUUGGCAAUUUUGACCCGAAGAAUAAUCCCCUCUUAAUGCCGUUCGGUGGUUUACCAAACUUGGGUGCAUUAAGCGGUUUAGGGAACCUCAGUAAUCUGAGUAAUAUGAGUCUGACGAAUUCUUUAUUUGCGAAUCUUGCCGGACUUGGUUUACCAACUUUAGCGGGCAUGGAAGCUGCUUUGGGUGCAACAGCAGCUACCAGCACAGCAGCCGACACAAAUCCAGUCGUUAGUUCUGUCAGUAGUAAAAACACUGGUUCAACCGGCAUAAGCAGCACUGGUAAAUCUCGCAGUAAAUUGGAACCACCUACGAGUAAAUCUUCGGUGCCUUCAACUUCAUCAGCAUCGUCUACGAUACCAACAACGACGCCGUUCCCCUUCUUUUUUCCAAAUCCGAGUCUUUUGUAUACGCCACUGGGUUUGGGUGGUUUGAAUCCGUUCUCCAUGCAACCUGGUGGAGUGUCAUCGGCCUACGAAAGUCUUGCUCAGUGUGGUCUUUUGAAUCCACCGACUUCGAGUGCGUCAACGGUUCGUAAGCCUGCAUCAUCAGGUAAUAAUUCUAGGCGAGACACGAUCACAGAUUCAGCAACUAAACGAAAAGAUACCGAGAAGAAAUCUAGAUAUUCCAUAGAUCCUGGAAUAGCACUACAGCAGUACACCGAUAUGACAGCGUUACACAGCGAAGACAAGCGUAGGGUAGAACAUGACAAAAGGGAAAGCAUGGAGCAAAACGAUGUAGCAGACCUUUCCGACCGAAGGGCUGAAAAGAAGAACAAAGAACAGGAAAUGAAAGAAGCUUUGGAACAUUUAAGUAGAACCAGCGCAGAGCUUUUGACGAGAAAUUUCGAAGACAUUCAACGAUCAAGCGAGAAAAGAGGGCGCGCCACAGAUUAUAAUCAAAGUUCUGAGCAGCAGCCAUCGAGCAUGCUUGAGGUAACACUCGAACCCGUGAAUAAAAAGCCACGAAUCGAAAUCGAAGUUACUACAAAGCCUGUGACGACCACUCCAGUUACAACUAUAACACCUGUGGACGUGUCGGCAGUUGAAAUAGAAUACGGAUCGAGAUCAUCGUCAGUUACAAUCAAGCCAAGCCCAAUAGAAGAAAAUAACACAAUAACUAUAACUGAAACAUCCCCGAGUACUAAAAAGAGAGAAUCUAUCGAAAUAACUCCUUCAGUGACAACAACUAUACCGCCAACUACAGUUACGCCUACAACCACGAUCACGCCAAUACCUACACCUACACCAGCACGUACGCCAACGCCUACUCCAGCACAUACACCAACAUCUAUAUCUACGCCAUUAUCAACGCCAACACCUACACCAACUUCUACGCCUACGCCCACUCCUACAUCUUUACUAACAUCUACUUCUGUAACACCGGUAACAACCAUUCCAGAUGAGACAGUUACAUCGCAGCAAAGUACUAGUAACGCUAAGGGAGAUUCAUCAAAGGCAACGUCGGAAAUAGAAGAAGAUAAUAAAGGCACUAAAGGGAAAAAAGCUCGAAGCGGUAAACGACUCAAUGUAGAACCUCCUCCGGAACGGAAAAAUCUUCGGUCUAGUGCUGGAAGACAAGCAAGAGCAGCGGCAGAACGACAAGCAAGAAUGGAAGGUGAACUUCAAGCUGAUCAGCAACAAGAGACUCAUACAACGAGCGAGUGAAGUGAUCACUUUUAAGUGAGUUUAUGAAUAAUACUGGUGAUUAUAAUGAUCAAAU